AUGAAACGAAAAGAGCACAAUAUAACGCAGCUACUCCGUUAUGCAGAAUCAUUGGAUUCAAAGGUAUCCGAAGAUUCUCUGGAAGCAUUGCAAGAGCUGAUCAGUCAAGGAGAAGGUAUUAGUCAAUUGGUAACUUGCUAUAUACAAAACCAAUCACCUGUAGCAUUGGAAUUACUUCGUAAUGUUAAGGAGCCUUAUGACACGGAACUGUGCAAUAGAAUUCAGGAUUUUUUGGCCAAAAAUACAUUACGUGUACUUACACUUCUUGGACAAUUAAUACAAAAGACUCCAAGUUGGUUGCCAAAGCUUGCGGAGCAUCCACUUUUUGAUCAUAUCAUGAAGUUUAUUCGGCCAUCCGAGAACAUUGUUGUGGUCGUAUCCGCGAUCCUUUUUGUAUCCUCCUUGCUUCCACAUUUUGCUGCCCCGAAAAAAUCGAUAUUGCUAAAUUUGUUUCGUCUGUUAAUUGUGGCCUGUAAUAUACUUUAUAACUUCAAGAAAUUAUUUGACCAACAGAGGGCAGAUACCAUUGAAGGAAUAUAUGUGUCACAUUUAUACAGUGCAGUAGUCCAGUAUUUUAUCGUUUUAUAUGGGAUUUAUCCUGCAACUCUGAUAGAAUAUUUAAGAAGUCAUAUAAAUGUUGUGGAUGGUCGAGCAAUACAUGUACUUAAAGUUUUAUUUUCUGCUGUGAAAUUCCAUCCGAACAUAUUAAGUGCUACUGUUGAACAGGAACUAGAUCGAAAUCGCUGGAAUCAGCAUGAAGCGCACGAUUUCUUAGCUGACUGUCGACGUGUUCUUGUACGGCCGGUCUUACCAGCAUUUGUUAAAGUUGGUAAAUUAAUCUCAUCGAAUCACACAUUGGAGACAUCAAGUUCAACAGUGUCUUAUAUAUCACAGUUGCCGGAUCUGAAUGAUUUAUUCCCGAUACAAACAGAUUCAUCAUCAUCCAAUUCGGUGGGUACCUCCUUCGAUCAUUGGAAUGAUGACGAUGCUUGGCUGGAAUGCGGAAAAAGUGAUUCGGAUAUUCUUUCGGAAUCAAGAUCUGGUUCAUUCGAUAAUCGUAUCUCUGAUGUAAUCAUAAGUUUUUCCACAGAAUCAAAUGCGCGACGAGCAACAACGGGUACAGCGGAUUCGAAGUACAUGAGACGGUCCUCUUUAACGCAGAAAUUUAAUGAUUUUAUUCGAAGAUGUAAGUCACGAACUUUGUCCGAUGAACCGUUGCUUCAUAGCUUACCAUUACCCAGAACACUUCUGGUUACAGCAAGAGAUGGAACAAUAAGAGAUGAACCAAUUGAAGAAAUUUUUGUGCGCGAAGACAUCCGAAAACGCAGUGUUGAGACGGGACAUAUCGAAGAGGGUGUAGAUGCUCGAGAAAUUUGUUCACCUACCAUCCCAUUUUCAUCAGUACGACCUUCGGAGGAUUCAUUUGCAAAUACUCCUGCAACAAUUGUACCGCUGGAAAACAUCCAUAAGCCACAUUCCAAAGCAUUCGUUCCUUCCGAUGCUUUCGGGAAUCGUGAAGUUGAAAUUUUCUCAACGAACAGUGCAGCAAGCGCUGGCGUUAGCAAAACUUUUCAUCAGGAUAUCGAUAUUGAUGAUAAUCCAGAAACUAUUCGUUAUAGAAAGAUUAAAGAAUUUAAAGUGAAUGAAGUCGAUGAAUCGGGUGGAAGCAUUUCGAACGAAAGCGUGAAUCGUUUUUCGGUGACUUCAUUUUUUCGAAAGGUGAAUCGCCAACGAUUCAUAAGUGGAUGCUAUCAUAAAAAGAAUGAAGUAAUUCAUUGCCUUGGUCAUCUGGGGAACUCGCAAACGCAACUGUUUCGUGCUUUUUCCUGUCCUGAUCUGUUGCAUGCUUCGGAAUUGGGUGAUAAAGAAAAAAUAUGCAACCUGAAUGAUUUGAAGCAAAGACAGUUUAUGAUCGCAAGAAAUUCUGAGCUGUCUAUCGAAGAUAUUGAAGAGUUAAUUGCUCAAAAAUGUCCCUAUCUUCCUUUCCUACAAGCUCUUCCUUUUUCUCUAAUUGAUGAAGAAAAUCUGAAUGAUGAAUUAAAAUAUGAGCAUGAACGUACACGUCAAAAUUACAUGGAAGCAAGUGCUGAUUGUCAUACACACUUAAAACAGCUUGGCUUAGCCGAUCGUCUUCCAACAACAAUUUACGAUGAUUUGUCCCAACAACUUAAGGGUCUUUCGGCUGAAGCUCAGAUAAAAAUUCUCAAUGCUCGUUUGGCGCUUGUUAAUCAGCAUUUAUUAUACGAACGUAGUGGAAGAUUGCUUCAUGCCGAACGAAAUCGUCGACUUUUCGGUCGUCUGAAACAGCAGAAAUUAUUGGAAGCAGAAAAAAUAGCACUCAGUAUGGCUCUUCACAAUGCACAAGUCGAAAGAGAACAGCUGAUAAAUGCUUUGACAGAUCUUCGGAAGCGAGGCAAUAUAGAACGGUCAAAACGAGAAGAGAUUGAGAAGAGAUAUUGUGAGACGAUAAAGACUUACCGCAAUGAAGCAGACCAUUACUUGGCUCUUCUGACAAAUUUGAAACUGAAAAUGGAAUCUAUGGUUGAAAACAACAAUCAUCGGCAAGUUGAGUUAGAAAUGUAUAAAAGGAGAUCUGAGGACACGGAAAUGAAGUUAUUAUUUGCGGAAUCAAAAUUGGAGGGAAUUGAAACCUUGAAAAUGGAAUUAAAAAAUGCUCAUCAAACUAACCAGCAACUCAGGGAUGAAGUUUCGCUGCUUCAAAAACGACUGGAAGAAGAAGGUUUUAGGUCAAAAUCACGGAUUAGAUCAAUGGAAAUUGACACAUCGCAAAUGAUAGCUGAGGUAGUCCGAUUGAAGAGUGCAUUGGUUAGUGAAGAAAGAGCGAAGGAAUCUGCAAAAGCUAAGGCUCGAAAGUUCGAAGACGAGUUAAUGAUUGAGAGGAGACGCUGCACUGAAUUUAGCUCUGUCUUUGAAAGAGCCAAGAAGAUAAAAGUUCAAAUAAUCAAUUUUAAUUUCCUACUAAAUGAUUUUUCGAAACAGUUGCACUCUCAACAGUAUGAAGCCGCGCAACACAAAUAUCUUUCUCUUCUCUCUGUAUGUCAGAAACAGCAAUCACAUAUUCUCGACUUGUAUGCCAGAAUUGAGGAGAUUGUGGCAUUACCAUAUUCCGAAAGAUUGGUAGGAAUCGAACCGCAGACGUUGUUUCCAAGAAGUUCUCUUAGCGAAAUGUAUUUUAUUAAUGUUUUCCGCUUCUAUUAUUGCAGGGGGAAUUUUUUUCCAUCCGAAUUAUUUGAUGAAGAAAAUGAAAAAGAUGAUAGCGAUAUAUAUGUUCGCGAUAGUGAUACCGCUGUAUCAUUAUCUAAGAAUGACCCCAAGGAUGGAGUUUUGUCGCUUUCUUCUUGA